UAAAUAGUAAUGAUUAUUCUGUAGUGAAUGAAACAGAAUCUUAAAUAACAGUUGGAAUGUGUUUACUUUAAGCGUAAUUUGCGUAGAUUCAAGUAGUUACAUGUUUGUGUCUACAUACAUAUGAGAAUUCUGUAUGUAUGUACUUACAAGUUAAUCACACAAUAUGUAUCGCCUUGAUUUUGAAUAAUAGUGAAAAGAUUUCAAUGUUUAAAGGGGGAUUUAUCAUCAAUUGGACAAUGAUUGAGAAAAGAGAAUGAAUCAAUGAGAACACAUUCAACAACUAAAGUCAAACAGACGGAGAGAAAGAAAGGAUGAGAUUGAGUAAAUGAGUGAACAGUUAUUAAUGUGCAUGUGUGUAUAUGAAGCGAAAUAAUUAAAGUAACCACACAUACACACACAAGUUUGUUGAAACAAUAUGAGAGGGAGAGAAACUAAGUCAAGGAUUGAGUAUGAUUUCUUCUACUAGUAAACAAAUUCCAUAAGUUAAUUUCAAUCUCUAUUUUUAAUACUAAUACUACUACAACUCUUAUUGUGCUUCUAUGCAUAAACAAAUGCAGAAAGAUAUUGAGGGAACAAUUAUUGUGAGCGAAAUGUGUAGAUGAACAACAACAAAUUUGGAAACAUCUCCCCCUCCUCAUAAAAAAAAGUAAACUCAAAGAAAGAAAAAUGAGAACAGAUUUUUCUCAUUUGCAGAUUCCAGCCAUUUUUUAAAAUUUACUUCCUACUCCCUUUGGUACAAUGUUUAUAUACAUAUAUAUACAUAUAAACAUAUGUAUGUAUAGAUUUUACAACUCCCUUUUAACCCUUUUUUUGUUAAAAUAAGAUCUCACACCAUAAACUCAUAUUCAUCAAAUUGUCUUUCACAAUUGUAUUUAUACUUUGUGACCACAAUCGUAGUUAAUAAAAGAAAGCAUACGACAAUAAGAGGAUAUUGAAGUUGGAAAUUCAGUGGACGGAUUAUUUCAAAUCUCAUAUUUUUUUCUUUGACGGUUAACCAUUACUAUAAGGACUAUAAAGAAUUUCUAUGAUAUAACAUUUUUUAAAAUUGAAUUCAAAUCAUUUAAUGGCGUAUAAUAAUUCGAUGACAACCUGGCCAGAAUUAUCACAUCAAUUUGAUAUUGAAACAAUGAAACAAUAUAGUAGUUACAAUACAAUUAAUAAUAGUGAUAAUAAUAAUAAUAAUAAUAAUAGUAAUUGUAAUAGUAAUAAUAAAUCAGAUCCUUAUCCAUUGUUUCCAUCCAAUUCUUUUAGACCAAAUAAAAACUCUUAUGAAAACAAUAAUAUUGAGAAUAAACUGGAACAGUAUACAAAAUAUGAUGUAUUAACACCGGAUAAAUUAUUAUUGAAAAGUGAUCAUUAUAGAAACAAUCAUUUUAAACAUCUUUCAAUGAAUCAAUCUGUAUCGAAUUUGACUAUUCCUAAAUUUAUUAAUUAUGAUAAACUGAUUAAUGAUAAACAGAUAGAUGAUGAACAAAGACUAUCGUCUGGCUCAAAUGAUAUAAAUGCACCAAAAGAUUUACGAAUACGUAAACAAUCACGUUCAAAUUCAAAUCCUAUGCGUUACAAUAAACAUAAAUUAAAACAAUCUUAUCUUAAAAAAGAAAAUAAUAGAAAUACUACUGGAUUUUCAAAUAAUGUAAUAACAAUUCAUAAUACUAAUAUGAAUAGUCAUUGUAAGAUUCCUUCUGAUAUUCAUUUAAGAAACAACUUUGAUAGUAAAAACAUGGAUCCAUCAUCUAAUAAUAAUAAUAAUGGUAAUCAUUUAUUUAAUCCAUCAUAUAAUCCACUAUUAUCAAAUUCUUAUAUUAAACAACAACCAUAUCCUAUAUUUCCACUUAACAAUAAUACUACUGAAAUAGAUAAUCUAAUCAAUUUACCAAAUUCACAAAAUAAUCAUUUUAAUCAAAUUCUUUCACAAGCACAAUUAUCAUCAUCAUCGUUAUCACAAUUUCAUCAAUAUUGGUUACAAAUGAUCAAUACACCAACAUUAUCAUCUGUAGCCACAACAACAACAACAACAACUGCAACAGCAACAACAUCUUCAUUCACUGUCACUACACAAGAUAUAAUACCACCACAAACUUUAAUGACAUCAAAAACGUUACCAUAUAAUUUUAUUCCAAAUGAAUUACAAACUUUAAGUUCAUUAUUUUAUCAAACUAUUAAACAAUUACAAAUGAAUCAUAAUUUACCUGUAAAUAUUUCUUUAUUUAAUCAAAAUCAUUUUAAUCAGAUAUAUACAACAAUAAUCAAUGAGAAUAUAUCAUUAAUCAAUCAAAAACAAUUAGAUAAUCAUUUUAAUAAUCAUAAUAAUGAUGAUAAACAAUUAAAUAAUUUCACAUUAUUACAUAAUCAAAAUCAUACUACUACUAAUACUACUAUUGCCACCACUAUUAAUACUACUGUUAAUAGUAAUAAUACUCAUAAACUAAAUAGAAAUCAUGAUAAUAAUAAUAACAGAUCUGAUCCACAAAUAAUCAUAAAUCAAUCAAAAUUAAAAAAUAAAUCAAUAAAAUUUAAUAAAUUAUCGCAAUCAAUAAAAAAUAAUUUAAAUUCACAAAUUAUUGAUCAACAUCAUCAUCAUCAUAAUAAUAAGAGAAAGAAAUAUUCUAACGAAGAUAAGGAGAUGAAUAAUCUUGAUAAUAAUGAAAUAUUGAAUGGAAAUAAUCAAUUAGAAGUUGAUGAAACUGAUUGUUAUAACAAUGAAGAUGGUGAUGAUGGUGGUGAUGAUGAUGACGAUGAUGAUGAUGAUGAUAUUGUUGUUGAUGAUGAAGAAAUUAUAUUAGAUCCUAAACAAAAUCCUGAAAAUAUUCCAAUGAAUAUUUUUAAGUGUAAUUUAUGUAAUAAGUAUUUUGUUACUGCACAUGGUUUAGAAGUACAUGUUAGAAGAGCACAUAAUAAUGGUAAACGUCCAUUUGAAUGUCAAUUAUGUCAGAAAACAUUUGGUCAUGCUACAAGUUUAUAUCAACAUGAAAGUGUACAUUGUCAAGAUAGACAAUUUCAAUGUUCUCAAUGUGGUAAAACAUUUAAACGUUCAUCUACAUUGAGUACACAUUUAUUAAUACAUAGUGAUACACGUCCUUAUCCAUGUCAAUAUUGUGGUAAACGUUUUCAUCAAAAAUCUGAUAUGAAAAAGCAUACUUAUACACAUACUGGUGAAAAACCUUAUAUUUGUUUACAAUGCGGUAAAGCAUUUAGUCAAUCAUCCAAUUUAAUUACACAUUCACGUAAACAUACUGGUUUUAAACCAUUCUCUUGUUUUCAUUGUUUACGUGCAUUUCAACGUAAAGUUGAUUUAAGACGUCAUAUUGAAACACAACAUGGUACAAUAGAUUUAUGUAAAAAAAAUUAUACAUUAGAAAAUAGACAAACUUCUCAUAUAUCUAUUCAUCACAUUCAAGAAAAUCAGAAAAAAUCACAUAAUUUACAUUAUGAUAAUAAAAUUACAUUAAAUUCAUCAUCAUCAACAUCAUCAUCAUCAUCAUCAUCGUCUAUUUCACCUUUACCAAAUAUACUUUCUAGUCCUACAUCAAUUCAUUUACAGAAUUAUUCAAAUUCAUCUGAUCUAAUUGAUUCAUUUCAUCAUUUCAAUGGUUUAGAUUUAUCUAAAACAAUCAACACUAACAACACUAAUAAUAAUAAUAAUAAUAAUCAUAACAAUAGUAGUAUUGACAAUAAUAAUAAUAAUAAUAAUGGUACUGACAAUAGUAAUAAUGAUAAUAAUAAUAAUAAUGACUGUGAUACAAUAAAUCCUAAAAAUUAUUCUUCAUCUAGCCCAAACAAUAUACAUGGUAAUAAUGAUGAAAAAUUAUUACCUUAUUCAGUAGAGAAUUUACUUAGUUCACUAACAUAGUUUAAUUUGAAAUAGAGAAAAUUCAAUAGUAAUAAUAAAUAAUAAUUAUAUCAUAGUGAUAUAAUGAAAAUUUUGUCAGUUUAUUUCCCCCCCUCCCUACCUCCCUACCUCCCUCGUCUCUUUCUCUUUUAUUAAAGAAACAAAUAAAUAGAUCUACAUAUUUAACCAUCAUUAUCAUUAUGUUGUAUACAUGAAAUGUUGUUUAGUUUUUUUUUUUUUUGAUUUUGUAACUCCUAAUUUUUUUGUUUCCAUUUCAUUCAACUAGUUGGGUUUCUAUUUUACUUCUUUUUGUUUUGUUUUGUUUUGAUUUUAUGAAAGUUGUAAAGAAUGGAUGAUUAAAACUUUAUACAAAUAUAAACAUUCCGAAAUCAACAUAUACAUAUACAUAUAUAUAUACCUAUUUAAUGAGUUUCUUUUAUUGUUGUCUAAUUUAGAAUAAAAGAAAGAGAGAAAGAAAGAAAGAAUACUAACUUUAUAGGUUGAAUUGUACAGUCAUUUUCAUUAAAUUUAUUGUUAAUAAUUCAAAUAUUUGUUGUUGUUUUGUUUUCUUAAUGUAUGGCUUAAUUCGACUGUAAGUAAAGUCAAAAAAUAUUGUCCAUUUUUUGAUCUUAAUAAUAUCGUAUUUAAUGAA